GCUCCUUAUGUGGGUCACGUGACAUGUGGAAAAAUGGGAGAAGGAAGGCGGCUCGAUGAAGAACGCUCCAAGGACUUUUCUCCAGAACAAACAUCUUUACUCAACUGGAUGUUUUUGAAAAUGGCUUAAGAGAUGAAAUACAAAAAGUGGACGCUUGGAAUUAGAAGAGCAACUGUGAUGGGAGCAAGAGAGUAUACGUACACAUGAAUUAAUAAUCCGCAAGCAAGAGAAAGCGCAGUGACGAUGAAGCUGAACGAACGCAGCGUGGCCCACUACGCCACGUGUGACUCGCCGCCCGACAAGACGGGCUUCCUGUUCAAGAAGGGCGAGCGCAACACGGCUUACCAUCGCCGCUGGUUCGUCCUAAAAGGCAACAUGCUCUUCUACUUCGAGGAGCGCGACGGCCGCGAGCCCAUCGGCCUCAUCGUCCUAGAGGGCUGCACCGUGGAGCUCUGUGAGUCGGCCGAGGAGUUCGCUUUCGCCGUCAAGUUCGACUGCGCUCGGGCUCGCGUGUACAAGAUGGCGGCCGACAGCCAGGCGGCCAUGGAGUCCUGGGUCAAAGCGUUGUCGCGGGCCAGCUUUGACUACAUGAGGCUGGUGGUCAAGGAGCUGGAGAGGCAGUUGGAAGAGAUCCGAGAGGCGGGCGGCGGAGUCCCACAAAGCAGGCCCAGGUCAUUCAAGCGAGUGUCCAAAUCACGAUCGUCGUCGUCGUCGUCGUCCUUGUCGACGUCGUCCUCCUGCUCUGGACAGAAGAACCACCAGGAGGAGGGCCAGCUCAUGUCCGGAGGUCCCAAGGAGAACGGCGUGGCCUGGAGCAAAGCGCAACCCGGCUUGGCUAACGGUUCCUCUGAGGCAGCUAACUCCUGUGUAGCCUGGGAGGGCGGGGCGGACGGGGCGAGUGCCAAUGGGGCCAGGGCUCCCCCGGUGCCCCCUAGAAGAAGAGGAGCAUCUCUGGAGAGCCCCUUCUCACCCGGCACCGGAUGUUUCUCCAAGCUCCACGACUGGUACGGACUCGAGGUGGAGGAACUGAGGGCCCAGUGGCUGCAGAGUCAGUGAAGCCAUUGAGACGGGUCUAGUUAUCCAAAAAUAUUUCAUUCCGUUGUUCCCUUUUCCAGGGUGGAAGUGGAAACUGAACAGUAUCCCCCAAGUGCUAAAAGCAGACUACACCCUUGAAUGUUUUUAAUCUUCAUCACGAGCCACUUUUAAUACUGCCCAUAAAAGCCCUCCACCACCAAA